AUGGAGCCGCCGCCGCAGGAGGGCGAGGCCGAGGUGGCGGCCUGGUUCUCCAAGUGGGAGCGCCAGUGCCUGGCCGAGGCCGAGCAGGAGAGCCAGCUGCCCCCGGAGCUGCAGGAGGAGGCGGCGGGGCCCCAGAGCGAGCGGCAGCGGCUGUGGCACCUCUUCCAGAUCUCCGCCACCGCCGUGGCCCAGCUCUACAAGGAUGCGGCGGCCCUCAGCCCGGCCUCCGUGUGGGACCCCUUCCAGCAUGCGGCCAUGGCCGUCACCAGCCUCUACAAGGAGAGCGGGGACGCCCACCAGCGAAGUUUCGACCUGGGCGUCCAGGUGGGCUGCCAGCGCCGCAUCAAGGAUGUGCUGGAGUGGGUGAAGAAGGGCCGAAGCACCAUUCUGCGCGAGGACCUCAUCAGCUUCCUGUGUGGCAAAGCGCCCCCCGCGCCCCCGCCCCCCUCGCGCCCCUCCAGGGUGCCCCCCAAGCCGCUCGCAGCCCCCGGCCAGGCCGCGGCCCCGGAGUCCAGCUCGUCGGUGGACGUCGACCUGCAGCCCUACGAGGCCAUCGCGCUGCAUGGCCUCAGCGGCGCCAUGGCCAGCAUCAGCGUAAGAUCGGGGGCGCCCGGCUCCCCACCGCCGGUCAGCGCAGCCGGCGGGGGCCGCCGAAAAAGUAGCUGCUUGGAGGACGACUUGAACCCCUUCGACUCAGAAGAACUGGGCCAACGCCCGGACAGUGGGGGGACCCGCAAACGCCCUUCGGCCCAGUGCGGGGACGGCAUCUCGGACUCCCCCAACCACAAGCGCAACCGUUUGGUGUGAACCGCCACGUGGGCGCCGGCCGCCACCUUGCUUGCCCUUCCGCGCGUGCGUGAGGAGCGCCACACCGACUGUUCCUUCUCUAAGUUAAACAAAGUUUUCUAUCUCGUCUGCCACAAAGAAACUGAAAGUAUUCCAGUCCUGGUGUGACUCUGACCUCCCCCGCCCCCAGUCAGAUCGUAGCCGAAAACAAGUAUCCUGUAGUAGCUAGCGGGAUCGUUUCAAACAAGUUUCCAGUCAAGACGGGAGCCUGGUUUCUCUUGUUCAGUUAUACUCCUUAGCAUCCAGCCCAGUCGCUGGUGCUCAAUAAAUGUUUGUUGAAUGAAGAAAUGUGACCUUAUUUAAAAGUCUUAGAGGGGAAGGACUGGCAGGCGUUCACUUGCUUAUGGCAUACUUUGAC